CCAUUUACAUCCCAUUGCGGAGCGAAAACCACAAACCUGCGGUCCAAAACAGACGUGAAUCCACUGAAAAUAAACAAACAAACACGCAGAUGUGGAGGAAGAAGAAGAAGAUGCUGCAGGAAAAGUGCAAAAUCGGCAGCUUUUAAACUUCAACACUGACGCCGCGGGACUUUGAACAAACCGCCGGGAGACAGUGUUUUACUUUUGAAGGACUUCUUUUUUUUAAAAAGCAACUAACUUUCCCGUUCACUGGGAAUAAUCUGCAGUGUCAUAAUGGAAGCAUUUCCCAAGGACAAAUAAGAACUUUCCCUUUAUUUCCUCCUGCUGGACUUGGAAGUUCAUGUUUGGAAAACAUUUGCAAUAAGUUUGUUUUUUUCUGCGGGUUUUCACAGAAAGCCGUGGCUGACAAAUGAAACCUAUUCAAAACCACAAAGAGGAAACUAAGCACCAUUUUUCAUUUUAUUUCUGACAUCUGUGUAUUUUUAGUCUUCUUCCUUUUCUUCUUCCUCUUCUUCUUGUUCUUCAGUCUCAAGCAAACACUCCCACUGCUGGAAUAACGGGAUUUUACUCGUCGUUGCUUGUUACAGGACAUGGAAAGACAACAGGAGGCAACAUUAAGGAGCCGGUUUAAAUAAAAAACAACAACAACAAAACACAACAGAAAGAAACUCUGAAAAUGUUUUUUGGGUGAAUUUCUUCUUUGGAAACUGUACAAGGGAAGCCCAAUGAGUGUCAUUCAGUCCACACUCACUGACAGGACCCCAAGCAUUCUCAACAAGGAUCCCGCAGACAAGAAACCUAAGAACGACAAAUCAUCCGUUUCCCUCAAACAUGAAUUUGAUCCAACAGGUCUUGUCCAGCGGUGUGUGAUAAUCCAGAGAGAUGAAAAUGGCUUCGGGCUGACUGUGAGUGGAGACAAUCCUGUGUUUGUGCAGCUGGUCAAAGAAGAUGGAGCUGCUAUGCGUGCUGGUGUUCAGACAGGAGACAGGAUCAUUAAGGUUAAUGGGACAUUAGUAACGCGGUCAAACCACAUAGAGGUCGUAAAGCUGAUAAAAUCCGGCUCAUAUGUAGCACUCACGGUGCUGGGGAGGCCUCCAGGGCUUCCUCACAUCCCUCUGGAGGAGGAAGAGGACGAGGAGGAGGGUGAAGAGAAGGAGACGGAGAAGGAGGAUGGUGCAGAGGUCAGUUCUCCGUCUUCUCACUCGGUGCCAAAUUCACCUGCACUGCCCGGUGUGCAGCGACGCAGUCCGUCAACCAGCAGCAACAACAACCAGGAGAACAUCACCUCCUUCCUGCCUGAUGGGGUUGAGAACAAAACAGCAUACAGCCAAAAGAUAGAGCACAUGCAAAAGAUGUUAACCAAACAGCAGCUGGAUUUACAGGACGGAGGUUCUAUGUUCAGGACUAGAGAUGCCGGGGAAUUGGACCUUGGACUUUCGACUUCUUUCUUCCGAGUUGAUAGUGUUAAUAACAACAGGCUCUCAACAAACAAUAACUCUAUGCACAGCAGUCCCCUCCCAGAAAACCCUGGCAAACGAGAGACGCCCUGUCAGACCCCGGACAUUAGCCCACCAGACGGACUCAACUUCUGCUCGUCUCCCGACACAGAGGACUUCACUGACACUGACACCGGUGCCCAGUGCAUUGUGGGUAAUCCUCCUUACCUCCUGAACCCUCAGAUCAUUGGAGCAGAGGACGACUACUUCGACUCUCAGCAAGAGCAGAUUAAUGGACAGUGUAGCUGUUUCCAGGACGUAGACUCGCUCAAGACUCGGCCGGCUCACCUCGCAGUUUUCCUCCACCAUGUUGUCUCACAGUUUGACCCUGCACCUCUGCUAUGCUAUCUCUACGCUGACAUGCACAAACAAACCAGCUCCAAAGAAAGUCGACGCUUCUUCAUGGAAUUCCACUCACUCUUCAUGGAUCGAAUGGCGAAUCUAAAAAUACCAGUGCCAGAGACGAUUGCAGCUGAAUUAGAGAAGCGAAGGCUGGAGUUGAUCCCAGAGGAUCUUUGCAAACACUACACUCAGAUGUUACAGGACGCUCUUCUGCCAGACCUUCACAAGAACCUGGAGGACUUCCGACAGAAGCGCAGUAUGGGUCUGACUCUGGCCGAGGACGAGCUGUCCAAGCUGGACAUCGAACAGCUGAAAGACCAACAUGCCUCGGAGAAAGAAUGUUCCUGCGCCGAACACAUCAUCUCCAAGAUCGAGGACAUACUGUUGACAACACAGCCUUCAGAAGAGGAGAAGUGCCAAACGAUGCAGUAUGUUAUUCUCACCUAUAUGAAGCACCUCGGGGUGAAAGUGAAGGAGCCUCGCGGCCUCGAACAUAAACGAGCACGAAUCAACUUUCUGCCCAAAAUGAAGAAGAGCAUCAAGGCUGAGAAGGAGGGCGAGGAGAAGGUGAAAAAGCCUCGGUUUCCCAAUAUCCUCGGGCAACCGAGACGCCUGAGCAGAGUGGACUCCACUUCAGUGGGUAAAGCCGUGGAUCAAAACAAGCAGCGCUCACCAAAGCAGAUCUCCCAGCCGGCGCUCGUCAUUCCCGAACAGCCCGACUACUCUGCCGGGAAUUGUGGACGGGCUCGUGGGAAUCAGACCAGUGAAGGAUCGGACGCCAGUGUCCAUCUCUCGCCUUCCACGACCUCCCCCACUCACAGCUCCCCCGGUGGUCAAACCUCAGACAUGAGCGGACAGGAGUCAGACUCUAACUUGUCUCCAUUCCCCGUCCAGCCCAGACUGAGUGACAGUCUUCAGUCUGGGGACCAGCAGGACGCCGUCCUCAGUCCCGUCAGCACUCAGUUUGACUUCAGUCCGACCAACCUGGAGCAGUUACAGGAGGAGGAUCAGGAGAAUUUCAGUAGGAUGGACGUGCAGUGUGCGGUGACUGCAGCCGACGUCCAGAGCGAGGACGACCAGAGCGGAGAGGUGGAGUGUGAAGAAGACCCGCUCAACUGGCAGGCUCUGGUCAGUCGAGGCGUCCUGGAGAGCCUCACGCCGCAGGAGAUCAAACGACAGGAAGUCAUCAAUGAGCUGUUCUACACUGAGCGCGCUCACCUGCGGAUGCUGAAGGUGUUGGACUGUGUUUUCUAUCAGAGGCUGAACAGAGACAGUAUCCUCCCCACUGAGGACAUCAAACACAUCUUUAUUAACCUGGAGGAAAUCAUUCAGCUGCAUGUUUCUAUAACAGAGCAGAUGACGGCGGUCAGGAAGAGGAGCGAGACGUCGGUGAUCGGUCAGAUUGGAGACGAUCUCCUCGCAUGGUUCAGUGGUGACGAAGAGGAGAAGAUCCAACGAGCCGUGGGAACUUUCUGCUGUAACCAGCCCUCUGCUCUGGAGCUCAUCAAAACCAAACAGAAGAAGGAUCAGAGGUUCAACUUGUUCAUGCAGCAAGCUCAGAGCAACCGUCUGUGUCGCAGGCUGCAGCUCAAAGACAUCAUCCCCGUAGAGAUGCAGAGACUGACCAAAUACCCGCUGCUGCUCGACAAUAUCGCCAAGUACACAGAGAACGGCGAGGAGAGGGAAAAGGUAAAGAGAGCUGGCGACUGUUGCAAGAAGAUGCUCAACCACGUCAACCAGGCUGUGAAAGAGGCUGAGAAUAAACAGAGACUAGAGCAGUAUCAGAGAAGGUUAGACCUGUCAUCACUCAAACAGAAUGAAAACCCCAUGAUCCUGGAGCUGAAGAAUCUGGACUUGACCAAGAGGAAGAUGGUUCAUGCAGGACCUCUGUCCUGGAAGGUUAAUAAAGACAAGACGAUAGAGCUUUACACGAUUCUGCUGGAGGACAUCCUGGUGUUGCUGCAGAAGCAGGACGAGCGCCUGGUCCUCAAGUUACACGGCAAGAUUCUGGCCAGUGCCAUUGACACCAAGCACAUCUUCAGCCCCAUCAUCAAACUCAACACUGUGCUGGUUCGUCCAGUGGCAACUGAAAACAAGGCUUUCUUCGUGCUCUCCAUGUCGGAUAACGGGGCUCAGAUCUACGAGCUGAUGGCUCAGACGGUGUCCGAUCGGAGGAUGUGGCAGUGUUUGAUCACGCAGUGUGCCGACACCAUGAAGGCCAAGCCUCACAACAGCGACACACCUCCGGCUCAGACUGAUGCUGAGCGAGACGCUAUUGAGAUCAUAAAUCGUGGGAUGGCCGCGCCGAGCAAAGAAGCUAAUGAGACAUCAACUCCAGAAAAGGACGCCGUCUCCUCUCCAGACAGUGAAGCUCCAUCCCCGAGCAUCGGCCCCUUCAAUGGCAUGAAAUCAGAGGAUGAGGAAGAAGAGCUGGCUGUGGACGACAGACGAGUGGAAGAGGAGGAGGAUGAGAUGGAUGAAGAGCUGGAUGAGGCGGAACUCGAGGCCUUCCUGGACGGACAGCUCGCUGAGAGGCUGCCCUUCCUGCAGCAGGAAGGCUCACGUCAGGGAAUCGCCCUCGAACACCUAGAGCACGACACUUUCCUCUCACCCUCCUCCAAAGCUGAAGACGCUCUACGAACAUUGUCAAUGCUGAAGCAGGCUCUCUUCAACCACAUGUUGAGCAGAGAGUCAGAAGAGGAGAAAGAGGAGGUGGAGGAGAAAAGGCUCAGUGGGACGCCUGGGUUUCAGCAGAGUGACUCCUCGUCUGGGAGACAUGACGGUCCUUCUGUGGCGUGUGAUGAGAGUCCGACGUCCACAAGUUUACAAAAAGACAACCCACAGGUUCCUCCUGGAAACACAGGGUCGAGUGAGGCAACUGAGCGCAACGGUGGUUUUGUGGUUCUGGACUUCAGUGUGGGCCCUGAGGAGAGCAGCACCGAUGACGACGGAGGAUUAGGAUGUGACGUGGGAAUUGACAUGAGGAAACUGCUGUCCUCCUCCUCGCAGACAGGGGGCGGUGGCCCCAACCUCAGCCGGCAGCUUAUGACCCACCUGCGCCUCCUCCAGGCCGACCUGCAGUAUCUGAAGGAGGUGGAGCUAAAGUACAACGAGCUGCGACACACACACAGUGACCCGACCACUGACUCGGAGGACAACAACGAUGGGAUCCAGUGACGGAUCGAGCUUUUUCUCCCCGUGGAUCAAACUUUCAACCCAGUGGACGCUGGUGUUGCUCAGUCAUGAGCACAUGUGACACACACACACAUUCAGGCACAUAACGACGACAAUCAGUGGAGACGAUGGACGUUAUUGUCCCACUUUAAACUUCUGAAACCAGCAGAGGCACAUUGUUUCUUUUUUUUUCUCCAAGAAAAGACUCUACGGACGCACUCGAGGAUAAUCCAGUCACUUUUUCCUGCUUAUUAAUAAUUAACGUCAUAACGAUCUUAAACACUGGAUGUGGAAAAAGGGGCAGAGACAAGAGUGUGGAUUCGCACGGAUGCACAGCGGAGACAUUCGUUUGUGAAUCAAAGGAGAAGUGACGACUGUGACGCGAUGUUUUGUAGAAUGUUCAGGACUUGGAGCACUCCUGUACGCUUGAUGUAAAUGUGUAAACGUUCACGCUACGUAUAUAUAUAUAUAUAUAUAUAUAUGUAUUCUUAAAGUCACACUUGUUUAUUCUGUAACUGAUCUGACAUGUACGGUGGCCAGGAAGUGCAAACUUUUAUUACUUACUUUUUUUUACAAAACUUGAGACAAAUUUCACAUUUAGUAAUAAUUAUUUGCACUUCCAGGCCACUGUAGAGUAGCAAUCCCUUUUUUUUUCCCCCUAUAGCUUAUCGUAGCAAUGAAUUUGAAGAGAUUGGUUUUGUAGCAGCUUUGUUAUAAAAGUAAAAAAAAUCUUAUUCAGAUGGAAGUUUCACAGUGGAUACUUUCCAGCCAUGAUGCUAUGAGUUUAAGAUUCAGCAAGUGAAGAAAUACUGUAGCCCUCAGAAAAUGUACAAAACUUCUAUCUCUAUCUGGGCUACUCUUAAUUAUGUCCCAAAUGAUUUAAAUGAACCCAGCGAUAAAGUUUGGUUAUAUAAAAUUCAGACUGACAGCUGGCACUGACUGGAAACUGAAGUUGGUAAACAACCCUGCACCAAAUUCCAUAGAGAAAACCAGCGUUUUUAGCUUAUGGGGGGACACAGGAGCUGCUGGUCUGCUGCUGCCUUGUUUGGUUAUUCUGUGUCACUUAGUUAAAUCUGAAUUAAGGAUUUUAAACCUUAAAGUUACAGCACAACAUAUUUGAACUCAUUGACGGAGGCAGCAGCGGAUUGUGAUGUAAAAUUGCUGAUUUUCUCUAUGGAGUUUGGUGUGGUGGAGUGAGUGUUUUACAAACUUCAGUCUCCAUUCAGAACAGACUGUCUAACAGAUUCUUAUGAUAUUUUAGACAUAAGCUGGAGUAGAUUUAAUAAGGUGAGACUUUUAUUAAGUGACUAAAAUAUGUAUGUUUUCACUUGAAGAAGGAAAAAAAAACUGAGCUACCCCUUUUAAGCUAUCGGAACUCUCCUCGUCUAGUGACAUCACCAUGUUUCAUUUGCCUUCAGGUUUACUGUAAAUCAGACUUCUGCACCACUUUAACUGAUGGACUGAAUAUAGGUCAUAUUAUGUUUGUUUGUUUUUUGAAUGAAAUGUAAAAAAAAAGAAAAUACUAAACUAAAAAAAACUUUGUCAACAAAUGUUGAUUGUAACAAACUAAAUAUAAUGUACAUUUUUAACUUUA